UUCCACCAACAGCCGGCGAGUGACACUCAAGUGCGGCUGUCAGUGUCGGCGUGAUCAGCUGAGCUCUCUAGCUCGGGAGGAGGAAGAGGAAGAAAGAUGGAGUCGAAUAAAGACGAAGCUGAAAAAUGUAUCCAGUUAGCUAGGAAAGCUUUCGAAGCAGGGGACAAGGAAAGGGCAUUAAAAUUUCUGAACAAAGCAGAGAAGCUGUACCCGACCGAAAAAGCAAAAGAGCUGCUGAAUAUGUUUAACAGAAACGGGAGCUCAUAUGGGCCCAACCGCAGGAAACCAGCGGACAGCACUAACGGUGGAUCUAAACCGGAGAAGGAGAGCAGUAAUGCUGCAGGAUCUGGAGAGAUGGCCAAGACCUACACAAAAGAGCAGCUGGAGGGAGUGCAGAGGAUAAAGAAAUGCAAAGAUUACUAUGAAGUUCUGGGCAUAAGUAAAGAGGCCAAUGAAGAUGAACUGAAAAAAGCCUAUAGAAAACUGGCACUGAAGUUUCACCCUGAUAAGAACCAUGCUCCUGGAGCCACGGAGGCCUUCAAAAAAAUCGGUAAUGCAUAUGCAGUGCUCAGUAACCCCGACAAGAGAAAGCAGUAUGACCUGACUGGGGGAGAGGACACUACGAGCAGUCCCCAGGGACGGGGAUUUGACUUCCACGGGGGCUUCGAAGCCGACAUCACCCCUGAGGACCUCUUUAACAUGUUCUUUGGGGGAGGAUUUCCUUCAAGCAGCACACACACAUUUGCUAAUGGCGGAGCACGAUACAGCCAGCAGUAUCAGAACAACAACAGGAGAGAGAGAGAAGAGGAGAGGGGUGAUGGAGGAUUUUCAAUGUUCAUUCAGUUGAUGCCUAUCGUUGUCCUGAUUCUUGUGUCCAUUCUAAGCCAGCUUAUGGUCUCCACUCCGCCUUACAGCCUCUAUUCUAGACCGUCUACUGGGCAAACAAUUAAAAGGCAGACAGAGAACCUACGUAUAGAAUACUAUGUCUCUAGGGACUUCAAGUCAGAAUACAAGGGGUCGGCUCUACAAAAGAUAGAAAAAAGUGUGGAAGAGGACUAUGUUUCUAAUAUCAGGAAUAACUGCUGGAAAGAGAGGCAAACAAAGACAGACCUCCUCUAUGCUGCCAAGGUUUACAGAGAUGAUCGUCUGCGCAGGAAGGCUGAACUCAUGACCAUGGAAAACUGUAAAGAGCUGGACAGACUAAACGACUUGUUCCGGGGAGGAUGAGUCUUCCCAGCUGAGACUCUUGUUUUCAGAAUGAUAUAAAUAUAUAUAAUUUUUUAAAAAAGAAAACAUGAACAUCAAAUCAAAAACUAGCCUUACUGUGGAAAUACUUCUAAGUCACAUCAACAGUGCUCCUUGUUUCCUCUACUUUUCCCCCCCAAUGUCCCCUAAGAAAUUGCCUUGCUGCAUCAUUAUUGACCAAAAUUAAAACACAGCCUGGAAGCACCAACAAGCAUCUCCACUGUUUUUGCAUGAAAGACAGCUGCUCCCAGAGGGGACUGUAAAGGAAGUUUGGAACAACCUCAGCACUGACUUGGUACAAUGUUUCUUACCGCGACAGACUUCUUUUCAUUCCAACUCGUGUGCUAAAUGUCUCAUUUAAGUUUUUGUGUGUUUUUUUUUCCAGCCAUGCACUUUUUUGCAGCUCUUAGCUUCCAGUCUUAGUCCGCAGAGUCCACUAUUCUCUGCCCUUGAAAUGUACCAGUCACCUCCUGGGUAAGGAUCAAAUAUGUGAAGUGCAGAAGGAUAAAGUUCUGUAUAGAUGAAGUACUUAGGGAACAUGACUGCAGAUUCCACACGGGAAAUGUUAGCAUAAUUUAAGUCAUAUCUUCCAAGAAGAAAAGAUUUUAACAUUGAAUAUCAUUUGAUGAUUGAAUGCGUGAAAUAUUUAAAUAUUUGUAGAACAGGUUUUAUCUUCAUGACCUUUAUUUGAAUAAAGUUUAAAUUAUUAUUGAAAGUUGUUUAUAUUUCUCAGAUCUAUCUUAAAUUACAUAUAUUGUAGAUACCUAAUACAUUCAGAUAAUACAUGCCUUUCCUCUAAGAAGUAAGCAGCUAAUGUUUUAUUUCUACUUAUUGUAUUAGGAGAGUUUCGUCAUUAGCACUUUCCUUGUUUUUCAGGGUGUGCUAAGGAAAUGAAGUGUUGUUCCCAUUCUGUUCUUUUUUAACCUAUCAGAUAAGCUAAUAUACAGUACAUUUGAUUAUACUCACAAUGAAUUUUAUUUAAGUGCUAACUUCUUAUUACGAGUGAUACUACCCAAAAGAAGCAAAAACUGGAAUUCAGGUAGCCUAGUGUGCUAACAUUCUAUGCAGGAUAAGAGCUUAAAGUCCACUCAGUCACCAUGCAGCUGUUCAGGUGGCUGAAUUAGGAUUGUGCCAGGAGUGAUACUAAAAUGUUUGUGCAUUGCAUAGCUACUGUUGAACUCCAGAAGGUUUGCUCUUUGUGUUGCAUUAAUAUGUUUACCGUAUAGGAAAUGUUUGCAAAGAAAUAUUCCUAUUGACUAUUCUUUAAUUACUUCCUAUAUCCCACUGAUGCAUUCUUUAGGUGUCUGAAAUAUGUAAGACUGAAGAGAUCAAUUUACAAGACCCAUAAUGCUAUCAUUAAUUGGCUUCAAUGGGUGAUGUGACGUUGACUAGGUUUGUAGAGUUGAUUUGAUCUCAUUGUGGCAAUAGCCGGAUGAUUUGUCCACAAGUGUGUCCAGCAGAAUAUGCAGUAAUUUACAUUUGAAAAUGGAUAAGUGCAGCUUUUGUUCAAAGUAGAUAUGUUGUGAAGCAUGAUUAAUACCUAAUAAAAUUAAAUCCUGCUUUGGUAGCAAGCUACUGUGGUAGGGAAAUGUACUUUCAUUACAAAGAAAUUCUAUCAGCAAUUACUAUUUCUAAAACUGUUUUAUGCACCAUACACAGUGCAGGAUAUUUUCAAUUAACUUUGAUCUUCAUUGGAAAAAAAACGUUUUUUAAUUUGUUGUUAUGCUAUGUGUAAUCAAAAGCAUUAAAAAAAAUUAUUGUUUGAAGUCUUUGAUAGGGAAUUUGAGAGGAUUAUUUGAAUUGCUAAAUUACUAACAUGGAAUGUUUGUUGCACAGUACAGUAUGAAAUCUUAUUGUGUCUAUUGUUUGAAGCCUGCUUUUGUUUAAAAAUGCAUUAUGUGAAGUUUUUAUGAAGGUGUUUCAGGUGUUCAGGUAUUUUUAAAUGGAUUUUUGGCAUUUCAUUAAUUUAUUUUUGUCCAUUUUCAAAGUGCUGUGAGUUUUGACCUUUGAAGUUAAUGUUAUACGUUAGCUGAUAGUGAACAUUUCAAUGAAGGCUUUUAUCUUGUACUUUAAUAUCAGAAUUGGUGCUUAUAAGAAUUUGAUAAUUCUUUAUCAAAGCCAAGUUAUUUAAGAAUGGCUUUUGUUUUUGAUCACGUUUUAUUUUAUAAUUGGCUACAUCCUAAAUUUUUUAUUUUAACUAUAAAUAUUAACUUUAUAAUUCUUGAAAACAGUUCAUCAUGAUUGCUGCCAUUAUCCCAUAGAGACAAAAUAAUACUAUACUUUUAUUAUGUACUUUCCUACAUAUUCUGCUUUUACCUGAUUUUAUCUGUAAUACUCCAGACCAAUGUGAAUUUCAUGUUGCUGUUACUGUUCCCUUGUAAUUCCACUCUAAGAACCUGCUCAGGCUAUUUUCUUGCAGUUCACUAAUGGGAAACUACUGUAUAAGAGGUGGGCAGACUCUGGAUAAUAUUACAGACCCAUCUGUCACUAUGGUCAUUUUAGGAUUACAACUAAUCCCGUUCACAAAUAUUCUUCUUCUUCUGGAUAUCCACCAGGAAUCUCUGCAUUGCUGUGAAGACUAUCAGUAGGGCUAAUUCAGUUGUAAUAGCUGUAAUCUAUAGCUAUUAACAAGAUGGAACCAGGAACUAUUUAAUAAAGAAUGGUAUCGCAGCCCAGUUUCUGUGAAGGUUUUGAAGAACAUUUUCAAAUGAAUGUAUUCUGUAUGCCUUUUCCAAGUACCACACUUGUUUCUUGAAAAGUAGGCAUUCUUAUGGAUUGUUUGUGUUGGGUUCCUUUGGUUACAGAUAAGAAGAAAUUCCACAAUCUAUUGAAAUGAGUAGCUUUAAAUAAUUUCAUUAGUACGCAUGCUCAUUUUAAAAUUUUAAACAUUAAAAAAACAUUAAAUAAAUCAUUGAUUGAUGUAUUUAUUUUUAUUUAAAGCAGCUACUCUUUAAUUUAAUCCAGUUAUUGAGAAAAAAGUUUAUAUUAACAUUUUUUGUCAAAAGCAUGUCAGAAUACUAGAACACUAGAAAUCUAUUAAGGUACAGUGAAAAUCAUUACAUUCAACACUGUAGAAUUAUUUUAUUUUUUCAUAUUUUUGCCAUUUAAAUGUAUUGCAUGUUUAUUAGUUGAAGAACACAUUUUAGUUCAUUUCGUACUAAAUCUGAAAGAGAACUGUGAUCAUUCAAGUCCAAACCUGUACUUCACAACAUUGGUAAAGUUGUCUCAACAAACAAGUCUUACUUUAUCAUCAUCGCCUCUGUUGUACUCUCAGUACUGCAAUAAUAAUCUCACAUCUUCCAGAAUAGUUUUCUGAUUGUAAGACCUGUUUCAUGUAUUGAAUCCCUUGGACAAAUGUGGAAAUAAAUAUUCUGUGUGUGGAAACA